AAUGCUUAGAGACAAUUCUCACGUAGCAGUGACGUGACCACGGCAUUGGCAUACCGGGCGAAAGUUGAGACUUAGGUCGGUGACGUGAGAUACUUGCAUCACAGCAAAAUCAAAUUUGGUACGGAUUGGAUGCAUCGACAAACGGCAUGAGAAUUAUUAACCCAGUUGGCACGCGGGAUUGGGGAUCAGAUUCGAUGAACAACUCUAUAUCCAGGCAUUAGAUCAAUGAUAAUGAAAGGGCAGCUCAAGUUCAACUCAUACUGUGAUUCAUACCUACUGUAGCUGACAGAAGAAUGACAUACGGAUCGCCUACAGACACCCGACAGUAAUGAAGACCCCAAUGAGGUGCUUAUGUCUGUGUAUACCGCUUUUGCUUUUACUUAACGUUAAUAGUAUCAACGGAAAUUGUCAUGCCCAGUGGCCCACCUGUGGUACCGAAGAAAAUGUUGUUUGUAAGACAAAGUACGGAAAGCCUGUUCCCCAUUGCAAGAUCAUACGUGCUACACCAGAAUUCAGGGAAACUAUUGUCGAUUCUCAUAACUUCUACCGCAAUCAUGUAGCGACAGGUAACGAAACCAGAGGUGCAUUUAGGCCCAUAGCAGAUAUGAGGACGAUAUCUUAUGAUUCGUACCUUGAGUUUACUGCGCAGUGUCAGGCCUCUAGAUGUAACUACGACCACGAUGCCGACUGUUAUGCAACAAAAAACUUCACCGAUGUGGGGCAAAACCUGAAUGGGAGAGUUAUCGAAGAAGACACUAAUUUUACUUUCUCAUCAGUCGAAGAAACCAGAAGUAUGGUAUCCCAAUGGUUCGAGCUAGAGAUCGUAGAAAGUGAUGAUAAAGUUUUAAGAGACUUCAGCAGAAUGAAGGCAGUCAUGAUCGGAUACCUUUACCAGAUGGUGUGGGCAGAAACGCAUCGUAUAGGAUGUGGAAGAAGCGUAAAAGAGGAUAAGUAUAACAUGAUGAUUUGCAACUAUGGACCAAGAGGCCUUAGAGUGACUAAGCCUAUAGGAAAGUUCGGCAGACCUUGCAGCAGGUGUCCUGAAAAACCUGAGAAAUUGAGCUGCAAUGAAGUUUACGAAGGGCUUUGUGGUGAAGUCGACAAAAGUCACUAUAAUCUAACCAUUAGUCGAGCAGCCCAAGUAGUUGAUAACAAUAUGUGUUCGUGGCUAACAAAAAUGUGUUUUGCAACUUCUUUUUCAUUGAAUAUCUGGUUUUCCGACUUGACAAAUUGGAUCUCUUGACUAGAAAUCUAUGUAGAAGAAUAAAGUGUUGUAUAAAUCGUUUGAAACAAA